CGUGUUUUACUUUGUUUUGUUAGUGUGGUGCAGGGGUUGUGACCACCAGCGAAAGAAGAUUUUCAAGUGUAAAAGUGUUUUGAAAAAGCGGAAAUUCACCCAAUCGAUACACAUAAGCGGGCACAAAUGGAUGUUAUGUGUAGUGUUCUUAGCGUUGCCAUAUUUAUGUGAAUGCCAAUAUCCAACGCGCGAUCCCAGAUGGUAUAGGCGUGAAGGAGACUAUAAAUACCAGUGGCCAAACCCGGGCGAUCCCGAGUAUCGAACGUAUACGUUCAACGAUCGCAGAUAUGGACACUACCAACCAAAUGGUUAUGGUUACCAAUAUCCCGGCCAAAAGCAUCCAAAUCAAUAUCCAGCAGGUGUGCCUCUUGGCGAAGACAAAUUUAAAUACGAUCCGAAUAAUCCUGAUAAUGUUCAAACACCAUUCCCUGGUAUUUUGGGUGGAUGGCGUGAAGAUUUACAAGGCAAACAAAGACGUGAUUCAUUCCUUCUUGAUCGAGAUGUUUUCGUUGCCACCAACUAUGGUCAAGUGCAGGGAUUUAAAGUGCGAUUAUACGAUGAUCCCGAUCCAAAAAGUUUCUAUCGUCCAUGGCAUAGCCAAGUUGACCGCAUAACUGGUGAGUGUGCCGUAUUCCUUGGCAUUCCAUAUGCACUGCCACCAACAUUUGAAGGCCGACUUAAGCCACCCAGACCGCAUCGAGGAUGGCAGUUGAUGCAAACCGUUGAUUUCGGUCCACAGCCAGUUCGAUAUACAGGUGCAACGAAAAGCAUCCGCGAUAUUGAUGAGGAUUGUUUGUACUUGAACAUAUUUUCACCGGAUAUUUCGGCGGGCAUCGCCCAAAAAUACCCAGUUAUGGUUUAUAUUCACGGCGGUGACUUUUCACAUGGAGCAUCGAAUACAUUUCCAGCGCAUGUUAUGGCGACAUUUUAUAAAGUCGUUGUUGUUUCAAUCAACUAUCGGUUGGGUGCAUUGGGCUUUUUAUCGACAGGUGAUGAGAAUUCGCCCGGAAGUUACGGCAUUUUAGAUCAAGCAAUGGCCGUAAAGUGGGUCUAUGACAAUAUCGAAUUUUUCAACGGAGACCGACAGUCGAUUACAUUGUUUGGCCCCGGAGCUGGUGCUGCAUCAGCUGGUUUAUUGAUGGUUGCACCGCAAACGCGUGAUAUUGUAACAAAAGUAAUUGCAACGUCUGGAUCUGCAUUGGCCGACUGGGCGUUGAUUCAAGAUAAAUAUCGGGCACAGAAUACGACACGCGUCUAUGCACAGUUGUUGGGCUGUUCGAUUGAAUCGUCAUGGAAAAUUGUCAACUGUUUGAAACAGGGCCGAAGUUUUUAUGAGCUUGGCAAUGCGGAAUUUAAUCCACAAGUUGGAAACAUUCCAUGGGGUCCAGUUCUCGAGAAUAAUUUCACAUUCCCCGGCGAUAACUGGUAUGAGGGUUGGCGUGAAGCAGAUUGGCACUUUUUGAGUGAAACUCCCGAACAACUUAUUCGAACAAGGAAAUUCAAUCGAAAUCUACAUUACAUGACCGGCGUUACAAUGCAAGAAGCAGCUUACGUAAUUUCACAAAAUGAAACGUUAGCACCGUAUUAUGAAGUGACCGAGCAGUUUUACGAUCAAAAAGUAAAAGAACUGGUUUUCCGUUACAAUUAUACAUUGAAUCCGAUUGGUGUGUACGAAGCGAUAAAAUACAUGUACACGUAUUGGCCCAAUCCGAAAAAUACAACAUUCAUUCGGAAACAAUAUAUUCAUCUUUUAUCUGAUUUCUGGUAUCGUACGCCAGUCGAUCACAUGGUAAAGUUGCUGGUUCAGCAAAAAGUGCCCGUAUACUGGUACGUCAUGAAUACAACGGUUGAAGCGUUUAACUUGCCCGAAUGGCGCAAAGUGCCGCAUGAUGCGGAGCAUUUCUUUUUAACGGGUGCCCAUUUUUUCAUGGACACGGAAUUUUUCCCAAAGCGAUUACGCCUAAAGCGAAACAUGUGGACCGACAACGACCGGAACAUGAGCCACUUUUUCAUGAAAACUUACACGGCUUUCGCACGAUAUGGUAAUCCAACGCCCCAACAAGUACUUGGCAUUCAUUUUGAUGUAGCCAAGGAUGGCGAAUUAAAAUAUUUAAAUUUAAACACGACGUACAACUCAUCAAUAUUGCUCAACUUUCGACAAACAGAGUCCGCUUUUUGGUCACAGUAUCUUCCGACGGUAAUCGGAGUUCUGGUGCCAACAUACCCGCCAUCGACCGAAUGGUGGUGGGAGCCAAGGGAACCACUUCAAAUCGCAUUUUGGAGCAUGACGGGAGCAUGUAUGUCUUUAAUGGUUAUUGUUGUCAUGUGUUGCAUUCUGUGGCGUAAUGCCAAAAGACAGGCCGAUCGAUUUUAUGAUGGUGAUAUAUUUAUUGAUGCGGGCGAAUCAGAUGCAGUGCUUGGCAUUGAAAAUAAAGCCGCACAAACCCAUGCACUCCGAACGACCGAUAACAUCUACGAGUUCAAGGAUACAAAACCGCCGAAAUCCAUUCAAGAUACAGCAUCACUGCGUUCACCCAGUUCGUUGGGUAUCACUCAAACCACAAAAACAAACAGUCAAACGUCGUUGCACAGUGGUGCAAUCUCACUAAAAGAGUCACCAGUUACACCCAGAGAUAUCACCGACAAAAGGAGUAAGUUCAGUGACCGUAGUAUAUCGACAAAUCCACGCGGCCGAUACGAUGAUGGUCGUAAUCUGAUGAAUAAUUAUGGUAAAUCCCGCGAAACAAUAUCAGAUGACAGCCCAACCGAAUACAAACCAUCAACAACACCAGUGCCCACGGCGCGUAAAAGUAUUGAAUCGAGUAAAACACAUCUGAUAGAAGGUGUACCACAAACAGAGGUUUAAGCGAAAAAUACAAACCCAUUUCGACAGUUUUGCAUAAGAAUUAGUUGCACAAUUAACGCGACACAGAAAGAAAAGACAUUUAUUUUCGUCAGUUUUACAUCAUUUUUUUUAACGAAUUUAUUUGAAAUAAUUUCCUUUGAUAACAUUUUUGUCACUUAAUACUUAAGUAAAUCCAUCGUGUAUUUGUUUUAACUUUAGUGCCACCAAAUUGUUUACAAAUUAUAUAUAUAGUUUUUUUUCUGUAUAAAUGAGUUUAAACUUAAUGCGAGAAACAAAUGAGCUUGAAACAAUAAUAAUAAUAAUCGAAACUUAAUUCCAUUUGAUCACGUUCACAUUUAGUCACAUGAAUAACAAAAAAAAAACAAAUGAAAGAAGUACUAUGUAUGUCAUUUUCGUAAAUCGUAUAUUCAUAACAGACGUUUUAGGUGUAUAAUAGGCUCAGUUUAUGUAGUAAUUUUCCCAUUCCGGUAUGUAAUAAUCUAUAGUUUAAAAUUAUGUUAA